UAUUUUUUCAGUUAAAUGGGCGCCACAAACCAAAGCUUCCGUGGCAACCUCAAAACCCUUUUUUUGAUUCUGGACUGUGGAGUUGCGUUUUCUUCUUCCCCUUUGCUUUCCUCUGGCGUAUGGAACUGUUUGCCCGUAUGCAUUGUUGAACUCUGCAUUUCUUAGCCUCAAAGGUUGCUCCUUUGUUGUUUGUUGCAUUGCCAAAAGAGAAUUUUUUUUUUUUUUUUUUUUGGUUUUCAGUAAUGGCUAGAGUGGCUUUAGGGGCUGAGAGAAGCUUGUGCCACAGAACCCACAAAGCUACAAUCUUUAAUUCAUCUUCCAGACAGUAUUUCUUGAAUGUUUUACCAUUCAAGCACAAGCAUACUUUGAGAUUAAAAGUUUCUUGCAGAGUGAAAGAGAAAGGGGUGGAAAAUUUUGUUGAAGAUCAGAAGAAACUUGUAAAAAGUAUUGAGGAUGAAUUAGGUGAUGGAAUUAAGGGGAAGGAAGGGGGCUUGGAGUGGAAUUGGCCUCCAUGGAAGAGUAUUCCUCAGAGAUAUAAGCUCAUUGGAACUACUGCUCUGGCAUUUGUUAUUUGCAAUAUGGACAAGGUGAAUUUGAGUGUUGCUAUAAUUCCAAUGUCUCAUCAAUUUGGUUGGAACUCAUCCACAGCUGGACUAGUGCAGUCAUCCUUCUUCUGGGGUUAUGCUCUAAGUCAGUUGCCAGGCGGAUGGCUGGCGAGGAUAUUUGGUGGAAGGAAGGUUCUUCAGGUUGGAGUUCUCAGCUGGUCAGUUGCUACCGCACUAGUUCCUUUUGUCGCUGGGUUCAUGCCUGGACUUGUUCUUUCCAGGAUUUUGGUUGGUAUUGGGGAAGGUGUUUCGCCAUCAGCUGCAACUGACUUGAUUGCCAGGUCAAUACCGCUAGAAGAGCGCUCCCGAGCUGUCUCAUUUGUUUUUGGUGGUUUGAGUUUUGGAAGUGUUAUAGGGCUGCUUUUGGCCCCUCCAAUAAUCCAAAGUUAUGGGUGGGAGUCCGUGUUUCUCAUAUUUGGCGUUCUUGGUAUAGCUUGGUUUUUGGUUUUUCAGUUUAUUGAGGAUAAUCAAUCUUCAGUAGGUGCUUCAACCACAUCAAGGCUUCAGUACGCACCUCAGAAUCAGUCAUUAGGUUGGUCCUUGGAAGAACUGGGAGGAGCAGUGAAGGAUGUUCCCUGGAUGGAAUUUUUUAAAAGUAAAGCUGUCUGGGCUAUGAUAUAUGCACAUUUUUGUGGAAGUUGGGGCCAUUAUACAUGUUUAUCAUGGCUUCCUACUUAUUUUAGUGAGGAGCUGAAUCUGAAUCUGACCGAAGCUGCAUGGGUCUCAGUCUUUCCCCCAUUAGCUUCAAUUUUCAUCACUAGCAUAGCUGCUCAGUUAGCUGACAAUUUAAUUGCCAAAGGGGUUGAUACUACUAAGGUUCGAAAGAUUUGCCAAGCAAUUGCUUUUCUGUCUCCAGCAACCUGUAUGAUGCUCUCUUCCGUGGAUUUGGGACUGCCUCCAUGGGAGGUUGUGACAAUCCUCACUGGAGGUUUGGCACUGUCGAGUUUUGCCUUAUCAGGUUUAUACUGCACUCAUCAAGAUAUCUCCCCUGAAUACGCGAGCAUACUUUUGGGAAUCACAAACACUGUCGGAGCAGUUCCUGGAAUUGUUGGUGUUGCGCUGACGGGGUAUUUACUUGACUCCACUCAUUCCUGGAGUAUUUCAUUGUUUGCACCAUCCAUCUUCUUCUACCUCACUGGUACAAUUGUCUGGUUAGCGUUUGCUAGCAGUAAACCACAAUCUUUCUCGAAGAGUGAUUAACUCUAUUGUAAAGUCCUUUAGUUGAUCAAUAGCUUUUACUCGUGAUCAGCUUAACAAUUUUGGAAAGCGCUCACUUGCGCUGUAUACAGAGGAUUGUAGGUUUGUAGCAUAUUUUCCUCUGAUAUAUACAUACUCUGAAACCGCACACUUGUAAUUUGUAAACUCAUGUUGUGUCCUGUAAAUAACAGUCAUAUAUUGCUGGAGCCUCUUGUGAAGGGUUUAUGUGUUUUUGUUUAUUCCAACACAAAAGAAGAAAAGAAUUGAAUUGCAUUUAUUCAUCCGUGGAGCCAAAUUCAGCUCCAAUUGAAUUUAAACUUUGAAGCUGUGUUGUGUUAAGAAUUAUUUAUUCUCCUGCCUAAAAGUUCUAGCUGCACACUGGGAGAAGAAGAUAUGGCAUGUGAGCAAACACAAUAGAGUAAGGUGCUACAACUAUGGGCUCUGAUGCAUUUGCGGAUUGAGGUUUGAGUUGAGGUACGUUCCCAUAUUUAUCCACAGCCAGUUCAUUCCCAUUAAGCAGCAUAAUCUGGCUGUGCAAGUCUCCAUCCUUUGCAGUCAGAUGAUAUUCUUCUCUUACUAUUGAAGACACUCUUUUGUUUAUGCACGAGAAGAACCUUUGAUUUCAGAUGAUGACGACGAUGAUAUUCUUCUACUGAAUUGCUCCCAUCAUGGUUAAUAAGCAACAAAGUAAUACCUUUCUGCAAAAAAACAGGAGAUUUAGUUGGUUAGUUAUAUCAAGGAGUGAUUAAAAAUACAUUCUUGCGCAACUUGAUUGCCAGAAUUGACUUACAGAUUGCUUUGCCAAUGAGCAUAAGCACGUAUCUUUUUCGUGCCUGUAAAUUUUGUACAUAGAACGUUCCUUCCCAUUACUUAGUGCCACAGAAGAGCACUGGAGAAGCAAGAGGUUUCGCAUCUACCCAUUUAGGUAGAAUCAUUCCUCACCUGUAGUAAUCAGGAUGAGGCAGGAUGAGGGACAAAAGUGGUUGUAUUUCCUAAGCCAUAAUUUCCACCAAUCAAAGUCUGCCGACAGUACGUUUAUGUAUCAUAGCUUGCUGACAUGCCAAGCCGAUCCGGAUACCUAAAUAUCAUUUCGAAACUAGAUGUGCCAGAGAAGCGAAUUGAACACCUUUCCAAGUCAGAAGGGUAUCGGCUGCAUUACCAAAAGCUAUACACGAAGGGAUUGGAGACACCAUUUCUGCUGCUAUUGUAUGCCCCCCCGCCAGCCUCACCAACCCCUGCUGAUGCAGAAGGUGCUGAAUUUCUGAUUACCCUUUUGAGCCUGCUAGAUGUAUCUGCCUCACCAUCUAGGUAGGAUGGAUCAAGAAUCUUCUCGACAAGGCGUUGAUCAACUCCUGUUCAUUAAAAAAGAGCCAUAUUCGAUCGAGCGGGCGAUUUUGGUUGGUAAUGGAAUUGGGAUUGUACAAAUGUUGAUAUUUUAACAGCCCAGAUACCUGGUCCUAGAUUGUAUAUGUGAUGAGUAACUACAUCUUGUUAAUCAGAAAAGUGGUGAACCAGCCCUCAUAAAAAAAUCCUGCUGGGGUUAUGAAUUUUGGCUUGUUUGCGGCAUGAACAAGGUUUCAGUAAUGCAAUGGUGUCAGAUGAAUAAUGGAUCUGCUGCAACUCUUACCCCCAACUCAAUCCUUGAACAAGGUUUACUGAAUAAUAUAAUUAAAUCUAUUAUCUAUGUCAUUAGAUUACAAUUUCUAUUUUCCUACCUCAUUCACUGUCGAAUUGGUACAAUGAAAACCAUGAAAAAACUUGGAGAAAUGGAGAUGCGCAUAUGGAUGAGUGCGACCAGAAAAAAAAAAAAAAGUACUAUCUUUAAUUCCCCAUUCCAGGACUUUGUUUAUUUUCAUUUCAUGAUUGAAAUUCUUUAUAUGUUCGUGCAAUUGUAAAGACUAGAAACUCCUUAAAGAUGGGGUUCAACUGAAACCAC